CCUCGCAAAAUUCUGCACCUAGUUAAUCAUGAAUCGACCAAAAAUAACGAUGGCCCAAAAAUGGCUCUUAUGCGCCCCCAUUCUUUAGCUACAAGAUAAUUAUAUUAUCUUGCAUCAAGAUCUGUAAUUAGAUAUUGGGUACAGAUUUAUAUGGAACAAUCAGAUACGAGAAUUCAAUGUUUCUUGCGCAAGAUCUUGAAAUCUGGUCCAAGAUCUUGGUUUCUAAUACCUACUAAAGAUUAAUUUUGGUCUGCUCGGAACUAGGUCAUGCUGAAUGAUUCAAGAAAACACGAUCUUCCUUGAAGGAUCUUUAUGAGGACGAGGAGUUUGUACAUUUUUUAAAUAAAACAUUAAUCUCUAACUUAGACCGUCGUGUCUGUAGAGGAAAUCUUACUUCAUAUUCAGAUUCAGCGUCAAAUUUUACUUCGGAAAGACUAUUUCAGAAGUCUUUAGAGGCAUCCAUAUAGGAAUUCCAUUGAUCAUUUUUGGACCACAUAUAUAGCAGCCAAGAUCUUAUAGAUCCGUACCUAAGAUCUUAUUAUAGAUCUUGGUAAAAGAUAAUGUGAUUAUCUUAUACCUAAAUUUUCAAGAUCUGUUCACAUUUCUGUACUUUGUAUCUUGGUCAAGACCUUGCUUACAAGAUGUUCGACUAAGGACGUUUUUCUGAAGACGGUUUUUUCCGGUAGAAUUAAGUUCUUUGACUUUGUGUAGGAUAAAAGUACUUAAAAGAAAACUGAGUAUGAUUUUUCUUCAAAUAUGGAUAUGCGACUAUUUCGAAAAGGAACCUAACAAAUAAAAGAGUAAAACCGGAUAUUUCAGUAACUUUUAUGCAUUAAAUAUAUCAAUUAGCUCACUUUUCUAGUAUUUUUUCUAGAAAAUAACCCUCAUUUGAAGCAUUUUCGAUUAUGUAUUGAACGUUGGCUGGAAAAAGCAUACAAUGGAAAUGCAAUCUUCGGUAAUCUCCCACCGUUUUCAUUAACCGAUGAUAUUAACGACGCUCCAUUCGAAACUUCAUGUCAAAACGAAAACCCAUGGUGGAUAAGAAAUGAAUAUAUUAAACCUGAUGAUGAUGAACGAGACAGUGAUUAUUUUGAUGAUUCUCCUGAUUAUUUUGAAGACUCACUACGAGUCAUAGGUUCAUGGCCUGCUUACGAUGAAGCUCAUCGCUACUUUCAAGAUGGAAUUAAUCGAGAUACUCUAUUUUCCAUAAAGAGGGGAAAACGUCGUCUCGAAAUGGAAGAAAAUAAUCAAUGGAAUCAAGUCCAAAGGGUAAACGGAAUUAAAAAUAAGAAAAUCAAAGGUUUUCCAAGUUUUACAACUGGAUUAAAACGAGAAAAUCGAAUAGAUGAAAAAUUGCCCAGUGUACAAGGUUAUAAUGAUAAAGAAUUAAAAACACGCAAUGAAAUAAGAAAACUCAAUGAAUUAGACAACACGAAUAAUCCACGUUGGAAAAGAUGCCAACAAAAUCCUCACUUACAAAAUUUUAUUCAAAAGAAGAUUGAAAAUAUAAUUAAGUUUAAAAAAUUAUGUGAAGCAUAUCAGACAAGUUAA